AGCACCAGUGGUCUAGUGGUAGAAUAGUACCCUGCCACGGUACAGACCCGGGUUCGAUUCCCGGCUGGUGCACUUGCUUUUUUUAAAUCCUAGAGUGAUUAAUUUUUUAGGUCAACCGCUGUCAAUUUUAAUUAUUUUGUAAUGCUAUAUGUCGAACUCUGAUCUAAAUCUAGAUCAAUCACAAUCAAGUCAAUGUUUAAGUUGUUAAACCAACAAAAUGGACCGUCUUCGUAACUUCUUCCUCCUCUUCCUCUCCGCAGCUUCUUCAGCCACCGCAACGUGGCCGGAGAAACCUCAUGCCUUCAUCCAAACGGUGAUCAAAGAUCCAACCACAAAUCUCUACUUCACAUCCAUGGACAUAGGAACCAACAAGACAGUGGUCUCCCUCAGCUUAGUCAUUGACCUAUCUCAACCUUACACGUGGUUCGACUGCUUCUCCGGCUACUACUCCGUUUCUUACACUUCGAUCGAUUUCCAUUCCCCCAAAUGCAAACUCCCCAAGUUCUCAAAUCCUCACAACGUACCCAAACCAGAUUGGUAUGUCUGCUCCGGCGCCGGAGAAAAGGUCGAACCGGGAUGCUCCGACCAUCCUUGUGGAGUAAACCCGUACAAUCCCGUGGAUAACACGUUACUUAAUGGAUCCUUGAGUGAAGAUCGAAUGUUUUUCUAUUCUAUACCUGAUGGCUUAAGCUUCGGGUAUCGACUCAACUCGCCGCCGGUUAUAUUCGCUUGCGUUGGCCGUAAAAGCUAUAACGGGUUUCCGGCGGAAGCUCAGGGAAUGCUUAGUUUGUCUAGAAACCCACUUUCUCUCCCGUCGCAACUCUCUUCAGCCGUUAACCUCUUCCCGCAAAAAUUCGCACUCUGUCUUCCUUCUAAAACAGAGGACUCUGGUUUCGGUGACCUUUUCAUCGGCGGUGGUCCAUACUUCCUCCCGCCGUACCAAGAAGACGCUUCUCGUCUCUUCACCACCGUCUCUCUAAUCACCAACGCAGCCUCCUCCGAUGAAUACUUCUUCCAAGUCAAAUCAAUCAAAAUCGACGAAAAGGUGGUUCCUUUGCGGAAUCCGAUACUGUCUAAGCUCAGCACGGUGGUUCCAUUCACCGUUCUGCAUCAUUCGAUUUACGAAGCUUUUGUUAAAGAGUUCAAAGCCAAGGCUUUGUUGAAGAAGAUGGUCGAAACGGAGACGAUGGUGUCUCCUUUCGAGUUAUGUUAUAGAAUGAAGAAGAGUUUUAAAAUGGAAGAUGUUCCGGUGAUUGAUCUAACGGUGGGGAGUGGCGACGGGAGAUGGAGAAUCUACGGCUGGAAUUCAAUGGUUGUUGUGAAGAAAGGAGUGAUGUGUUUGGCGUUUGUGAGAGGAGGAAGAGAUAGAGAAGAGAUUGUGAUUGGAGGAUAUCAGAUGGAAGAUAAUUUGCAAAGAGACGGUGUCUCGGAAGAGACGAGAUUUGAUGGGAUGGACAGUGAAGGAAGUGGAGAAGGAUUUGUGACACGUGGCUCUCUUUUUGCUAUUGAAAUGGAUUUGGCGGCGGCGGCGCAAGUUAGCAAAAACGGCGCAGAGCCACCGAGGUCGAUGGCGAGGUUGACACUGAUGGGUAGAUUGCUUACACCGUUGGGCUUUGACAUGCCGAUGGAUAAAGGACAGUAGUAGAGAUUUGUGGCAUCGUCUUUACGAAUAGGUUGUAGGAAAGCUUGAAUCUUCUCGAGGGAGUGUGAAGUGUUUGCGAGUGUGAAAAAGAUUAAGCAGAGGAAAUGGAUUAUACGAGGAGGAGCCAUAUUUUCGUUCUUGUGAGUUGUUGUAAUGAGGAUAUUAGUAAGAGUUUUUAUAGAGUGAAAUAAUUUUUUGACCUUAAC